AUGGACUGGAAACGCUUGCAGGGCAACGACGCGACGGAGACGGCCGUGAUUGCCGCCUCCGUCGCCUCAUCCGUGCUGUACCUCGCGCACGUGCGGGCCGCGCCGAGCCGUGCGCGGAUGGUGUACAAGACGCUGUCGACGGCGCUGCUGGCGUGCUUCGGCGGGCUGCGCGCCGGGCGCGGGUCGCUGCUCGUGCCGGCGCUGGCGCUCGGAUCGCUGGGCGAUGCCUUCUUGGCGUGGCCGGGCGAGGCCAACUUUUUGUGCGGCCUCGGCAGCUUCCUCGUCGCGCACCUCUUCUACGUGGCGCUGUUUGCGGGCGUCGGUGCCGGGCGCAGCCAGCUGGCGGCCGAGACGUGGCGGCAGGCCGUGGCGGGCGGCAUGAUGCUGCUCGCGCCGGGCAUGGCGGCCGUGCUGAUGCCGCGGGUGGUGGGGGCGCUGCGGGCGCCGAUCCUUGUCUACACGGCGACGAUCCUGACCAUGGUGCUGGCGGUGCUGACGGUGCGCAACGAGAUGAUUGUGCUGGGCGGCGUGCUCUUUGCGCUGUCCGACUCGAUCCUGGCGACCGAGGAGUUUGUGGUGGCGCGGGAGUCGGGCCACCGGCCGUGGAUGCAGCAUGCUGUCUGGAUCUUGUAUUAUUCGGGCCAGUUUCUGAUUGCAGCUGGCUUCUAG